UGAGGGCGGAGGGGCGGGAUGUGGACCAGAUGUGUUGGAGGGCAUCUUUAACCACGUGGGAAGGGAAAUUGCAUGCCUUGUUUACCUACCUGGUCCGUUUUAUACAUAGGGGGAGGUCCCAUUCUGGACAUCCGUUUGACUGACAGCUGAGCAAACCAAUCCUUGCGUGGAAUGCGCUGGCGCAGCUCAAACCAGUCGGACAAGGAAGGUGAGGAGCUGACAGCGAAGUGAUUUCAGCGAAAUGGGGAAGGAAAAUAGAUGCUGUCGCAUCUUUGGAGCGAAAGCGGAUACGGCACAUUGAUCCAUCGGGGUCUGGAACAUUGGCCCAGGGAGAGAACAUUGAUACAUUAGGGUUUGGAACGUUGGCCCGGGGAAGGAACAUUGAUACAUUAGGGUUUGGAACGUUGGUCCGGGGAAGGAACGUUAAUACAUUGGGGUUUGGAACGUUGGCCCGGGGAAGGGAGCCUGAUCUAUUCUCUUGCAGUGGUUAUGGGAGGCGCCAUUAGACACGCCUUCUCUGUGCACAGCGCGUAGGCGCUGCCUGCACUGUCCAGAGACGGGGAGGUGGAGAAUCGCUGUGACGACGGGAAUACACACAAAUAUACAUUAAUAGAGGCGGAUAGGGAUAAACAAGGGAAGCGGGGAGCCAGAGAAGCUUCAGCAAGGCGGAUGAACCGAGCCCGGAGCUGCAUUAGCCCCGGACCAUGCCGAACCAGAAGAACGCCAAGGGCAGGAAAAACAAGCGCACCAACAGCAGCGGAGACGAGCAGGAGGCUGCGGCCGGAGCUGCCGCCUUGUCGGCCGGAGCAGCAGGAUCGGCGGCCGGAGGCGCUGCUUUGGGCCAGUCGGAAACAGGCAACGAUCACGAGGCUUCGUGCGCCUCGCCGCUGGUGUGCAGCUUUGGCAGGCCGGUGGAGCUGGAGAAGGACGAUUACCAGCGCGUGGUCUGCAACAACGAGCACUGCCCGUUUGGCAACUGGAUGCACCUGCAGUGCUUCUACGAGUGGGAGAGCAGCAUCCUGGUGCAGUUCAACUGCAUCGGCCGCGCCCGCAGCUGGAACGAGAAGCAGUGCCGUCAGAACAUGUGGACCAAGAAGGGCUACGACCUGGCGUUCCGCUUCUGCUCCUGUCGCUGCGGCCAGGGCCACUUGAAGAAGGACGUGGACUGGUACCAGGCCCGGCGGAGGCAGGACGACAAGAAGAAGAAGGUGGGCGCCAAGGCUGGCGAGCCGCUGCCCGAGGAGGGCAAGAAGUGCAAGCUCAACCGGGCGCCCCGCUCCCACGAGGCCCAGCGGCGGCACUCUACCGAUCGGCAGAACUCUCAGGAGAAGGGGGCGGCUGGCGUCCAGACCCCCAGCCACAAGGAGCACUUCAGGUCACCGUGCGGCUCCCCCCCUGAGCCGUCCCCUCCGCCCCCGGCUCACCCCUACCUCUCCUUCUCCGCUGGCGGGCCCCGUGGCUCCCGGCACCUGGGCGAGUUCCUCAAGACGGCGCUUCACGGGGAGCCCUGCCGCAAGCUGAUGCCCAGCGGGGGCGGGCGUUACAGCCAGUCAGAGUUGGGUGCCGCGGCUCCCCGCCUGGGCGCCCUGGACUCUCCGGUGCAGUUCCUGCGCCGCCUGGACCUCUCUGAGCUGCUCACCCACGUGCCCAAGCACAAGAUGAACACGUACCAUGUUCGCAUGGAGGACGAUGCCCAGGUUGGCCAGGGUGAGGAGCUGAGGAAGUUCAUCCUGGCUGCGCUCAGCGCCAGUCAGAGGAACGUGGUGAACUGUGCGCUGUGCCACAAGGUCCUGCCGGUCUUUGAACUCUUCCCACUGGUGGACGGCACUCUGUUUCUCAGCCCUUCCAGACAUGACGAGAUUGAGUAUGACGUCCCUUGUCACCUCCAAGGAAGGCUCAUGCACCUCUAUGCCAUCUGCGUGGACUGUCUCGAAGGGGUACAUAAGAUAAUUUGCAUCAAAUGCAAGUCUCGAUGGGACGGGAGUUGGCAUCAGCUGGGCACCAUGUACACUUAUGACAUCUUGGCUGCGUCUCCGUGCUGUCAGGCCAGACUUAACUGCAAACACUGUGGGAAGCCAGUUAUUGACGUGCGAGUGGGAAUGCAGUAUUUCUCAGAGUACAGCAACGUGCAGCAGUGUCCACACUGUGGCAAUCUGGACUACCACUUUGUAAAACCCUUUUCUUCAUUCAAAGUGUUGGAAGCUUAUUGACAAAUGCUUUCUUCUUUUUAUUUUCUAGAGCAAUUGGUAUGUAGGGUGUAGUGAUCUAUUUGGGUUGCUUGUGUGUAAGUCUUUAUCCAUGUUAGCCAAGGAUGGGUGGGGGAGGGUGUGGGGGGAAGCAGCUGAAGAGGUGGACGGAAAAGAUUUGGAUGCAAGCAGCUGGUUUGGGUUUGAUCCCUGCAGAACGGUUACGUGCACAUCCCAUUCCCAUCUUUCGACGCUGUAGAGACUGGGAAUGGUUUAUCUCUUCGGUCGCUCCCCUGGGGCUUGAUGGUUGAAUGUAUCCUUACGCCAGGCUCGCCCCUUCUAACCAGACUGCCUCUUUAUCGACAGACGUCCGGGGUGUUGAGCGACUCACGGGAAAACAGAAAUUGCUGGAAAAUCUCUGCAGGUUCUGCAGAGAGGGAAAGCAGGGUUUGACGUUUCGGGGUCUGGUGACCCUUUUCCUCGGGUUAGGUGAGAGAGGAACUGGCUUAGUUGCUUGAGGUGGAAGGAGUAAGAGAGGGUCCACGUUUGUAUACCCCCUCAACCCACCACAUCAAACAAGACUGCAUUCACCCCAGGUUGGCCUCGAAUGGCUAAAUGUGAGUUAAUCAUCUAAAUUAAAG